CAGAACAGUGGAGAUGGGUGACAUUCGGUAAUUGGCGCUUGUCAUUCGGAGGGCGGAUCUGACAAUCAGGUGGGUAUUAAGGGAAACAUUAUAAGAAGAGGAGCAGACUUGGUCGAUUUUCUAGCCAACUGAUCAGAAAUUAUCUAUAGCCACGAUCACUGUUAGCAUGGCUCACUCGAUGAAAAAGCCUUGGAUAGAGACGCCGUUGAUUGAAUCUGCUGCCUUCUCUAGAGCGGCAGGAUGUAGAGUCUUCCUGAAGUUGGAGCUGCUGCAACCUGGCGGCUCGUUCAAGUCACGAGCCGUCGGAAAUCUAAUCCUUUCAGCCCUCCUGAACCCAAUCAACGAGGGCAAGAAGCUGCACUUCUACAGUUCCUCUGGCGGGAAUGCUGGGAUGGCAGCCGUGAUUGCCGCGCGAGACCUCGGCUGUCCCUGCACCGUGAUCGUCCCUGUGAGCACAAAGGCCCGCGUAGUCAACAAGCUGCUUGAAGUCGGCGCCGCGGACGUAAUUAAAACCGGGGACAGCUGGUUCGAAGCCGACCGGUACCUCCGGGAGAGGUUCAUCGAGAACCAAGAAGUCUCAAGCGAACCCCCAACGACGAAAAACAUCUAUGUGCCCCCCUUCGACCACCCGGAUAUCUGGGACGGAGUAGGAUCCAUCAUACCGGAACUAGCGAGGCAAUUACCGCCUCGAGAGCGGAGGGAGGCAGAUGAUUCAGCGUCUGCGUUUCCUGCGGACGUACUCGUUGCCAGUGUUGGCGGCGGGGGUCUCUUCAACGGCUUGAUCUGCGGUCUAGAUAAAUACCUACAGGCUAACUGCGAGGAUGUCGGUAUCGAGGCAAGUAAAGUGCAUGUCGUGGCGGUCGAAACAAAAGGGACAGACUCGCUGGCCCUCUCGCUACGGGAGGGUAGUCUCCAGUCGCUCCCGGCCAUCACCUCGCUUGCAACCUCGCUCGGCGCCCUGUGUGUAGCACCGCAGACUCUGAAGAAUGCCCGGUCGCCACCUCCUGGCAUCCAAGUCACCAGCCUUGUGGGAACGGAUGCGGAGGCUGCUAACGGGGUGGUUCUUUUAUCGGACGAGCUGCGCUUACAGGUCGAGUUGGCGUGCGGUAUCAGUGUCGAGGUCGCGGUCUCGAAGAGGUUAAAAGAGGCCGUGAAAGGCCUGAAGCCAGAUAGCAGGGUCGUCGUGAUUGUCUGUGGAGGUAACAAUAUCACGGCAGAGAUGAUUGCUGAGUACCGCCAGAAACUGCAGAACGGUUGGUCAUAAACACUACCUAGUCAUGGGAAGACCUUGGGCGAGGGGAAAGCACUGAAAGUGCAAAGCAUGCGUAGCGAAAUCUGUACCCAGUCUAUUAUAUAUGUGAAUCCAGCGUGCUAUUGAGCAGAGCCGAAGCGUUGUUUUAGAAGUGGCCGAGUUUAUACGAAUCUUCGCUUGUUCUAAUGGUCAUGUUUAUACAUUAUAAAGCUUGAUGUAUGCCAACAGCACACUGUAGUUCUUGCCUCGGACAAAGGUCAACCCAAGGAACAAGAAGCCGAAGUCUAGUUAAGAAAAAAAAAAGAUGUGAAUGGAAGAACAGCCGUACAUCUGGUGCUCGACGACUUCUGCCUGCUUAGUCGCUGUCGCUGGCACUAUCGCCAUCAUGAUUGUCUGGGUCUUCCCGAAUUCCCUCUGCCAGGAUAUAUUCGGCUUUUUGCAGAGCCGACUUGAUAUCCUGCUUAUUGUAGA